CGCUGCCGCUGCUGCCGCUGCUGCUGCUGCUGCUACUGCUGACUGCCGCGCAGGCCAGCCCAGCACACAGUCUGGCCCGGCGCUCCUCUGCGGUACGCGUCAGCAAGAACUGUCUGCGCUGCAUCUGCCAGGCGCGCGGCUGCGACUGGAGCGUCGGCUGCCAGAAUGACGUGUGCGGCGCGUACAUGAUGAACGAGGACUACUUCAUCACCAGCAACGUCACCAGCCGGGCCAACCUCUACAAGGCUUACACCUUCCAGAGGUGCGCCAGCAACCCGGCGUGCGCCACCCUGGCCGUGAAGCUCUUCCUGCAGAAGCUGCCUUCGGACUGCGACGGCGACGGAAUCAUCGACUGCGACGACUUCGUCAAGGAGCACUACUACGGCCCGAACGGGUGCGUGGGCGCCGGCUGGAUCGAAUUCUCCGACACGUGGCGCAAAUACCGCAAUUGCAAGAGAGAAUACGAAAUGGUGUAAAUGCAUUCAGCCAAUCUGACAGACGUGCGCGAUGUGCAAAGUUGGCUGUAUACCGAACCCCUGUGUCACAACAGCUGGUGGGCUAGUGCUCUUGUGCUCCAGCUUCGAAUGAUGGUGGGAUGGCUUAUCCCCUAAACGCUGCCGGUAACAAUUCGCUCUGCGACUAAUACCCGCAAAAGUAAUUCUGAUGGCUGGCGU